AUGGCAGCCGUCUGGAGUAGUCUCGCCCCCGUAGGACAAUUGGUUCUCUCCUUCUUUAAUAUGAGAGCACUACUGAUCGGACUGGCGCUCGCCAAUGUCAAGAGCUGGCAUUUCAUGUGGACGCACCUCCUCCCAGCCAUCUCCGCGACCCGCUCGCCGCUUCUCGAGUGCGACUACAACAUGCACAAGUCCAACUCGACGUACUUCACGGACCUCGACAUGUCGCGCGGCAACAUCAGUCUCGUCCUCUUCCGCAAACCGUUCAACCCGUUCCCCGGACCCAAGCACCUCGUGAUGAUCUUGGGGGGCGCGAAUUGCGUAUGGCGGAAGGAGAUUGCGCCGUACGAGGCUUACGAGUUGUGGACGCGGGUGUUGGCUUGGGAUGAGAAGUGGAUUUAUCUCGUCUCUCACUUCGUCAAGGCGGGCAAGUUCGUACCCAGCGAGUACGCGAUGCAGCCUGGGAGUUCGAAACCGAAGAAGGGCGGGAUUCAGAACGAUAAGGAGAAUGAUCUUCAGAAGGCCGUUCUUGCCUCGUCAAUUGCGCGAUACGUCUUCAAAAACGGCAGAAAGACAGUGCCACCGGAAGACAUCCUUCGGGAGUGUGGGCUGUUGCCUGAAGAUGAGACUGAACUUGCAGAGGUUGAGAGCUUGCGGUUGAAAUGGCUGCCGAUCGCGCAACUGAAGACAGGCUGGGAUUCCGUUCACGGGCUGUUUGAUCCGCGCGGGCUUGCACUUGGGCGCUAUACCGAUCUUUGGUGA